AUGUCGUUGACCGACUCGGCUGCCGCAGAUGUGGCUGGGAGCGCGUCCCUCGCCUCUCGUCGCUUGGCUACACUGUCAAAUCCCGCCCGGAAUGAAGCUCUCACGGCACUCCACCACGCCCUCGACCAGAACCGGGAUACUAUCCUCGCCGCCAAUGCCAGGGAUGUCGAGGCUGCGACGCGCGCAGCCGAAAGUGGCAAUCUAAACCACAGUGUGCUCAAACGACUUGACCUUUCACGGCCGGGCAAGUACGAUGACAUGUUGGAGGGAAUCUUGAGCGUGCGGGACUUGGCCGACCCAGUGGGCAAGGUAACCCUGCGGACCCUUCUGGACGAUGGCCUUACCUUGGAAAGAGUCAGCUGUCCCAUUGGUGUCCUGUUAAUCAUCUUCGAGGCUCGCCCGGAGGUCAUCGCGAACAUAGCUGCGCUAGCCAUCAAGUCGGGUAAUGCCGCUAUCCUCAAAGGUGGCAAGGAAUCCAUGGAAUCAUUCGUGGCCAUUGCGAACGUCGUCUCCGAAGCCCUCGCAGGCUCUCAGGUGCCAGAAGGAUCUAUCCAGCUGGUGAAGACCCGCGACGUCGUGUCAUCCCUAUUGGCCCAGGACUCGCUGAUUGACCUUGUUAUCCCGCGUGGCUCAAAUGAUCUGGUUCGCUUCGUCAAGGACAACACCAAGAUCCCGGUGCUGGGGCAUGCCGACGGUCUCUGUUCUGCCUACGUCCAUUCGGAUGCAAGUGUUGAUACCGCUGUCAAAGUGAUCGUGGACUCGAAGACCGACUACCCGGCAGCUUGCAAUUCGCUGGAGUCUCUACUGGUCCACCAGGAUGUUCUCGAAUCGGUCUUUCCCGCUAUUGCCAAGGCGCUGCUGGAUAAAGGAGUCUCACUUCGGUGUGAUGAAGCCUCACGAAGUGCCUUGACGAAAACGCUACCCAAAGACCAGGCAGGACACGUACAGGCGGCCGUCGACUCUGACUACGACACCGAGUUCCUAGACCUUAUCUUGGCCGUGAAAACGGUUCCCUCAACCAAUCCGUCGAGCUCUGCUGUGGAGGCGGCCGUUGCACAUAUCAACGCGCAUUCGUCCAAGCACACCGAUAUCAUCCUGACCGAGUCCAAAGAAGCCGCUGACUUGUUCAUGAGCGGCAUUGACAGCGCCGGAGUCUUCUGGAAUGCAUCGACGAGGUUCGCGGAUGGGAUGCGUUUUGGGUUCGGCACCGAGGUCGGCAUCAGUACCAAUAAGAUUCAUUCUCGCGGGCCGGUCGGGCUGGAGGGUCUGACCAUUUACAAGUAUUUGAUCCGAGGCAACGGGCAUCGGGCGGGAGACUACCACGAUGGGGACGGCGGGCGCAAAUAUAUCCAUACGAGGCUGCCCAUCAGCCAGUGA